GGCAUCCUAUUAUAUACGAUCUUUAUUAAAUUAGCCUUCAGCUUGAAAUGAAACAAAAAUCUACAUUUGGUUUCGGUAUUCAUGUAGCAGUAUAUGAGCAGUAUCUACCAAAACCAAAAUGUUAAAAAAAAACUAAGAAAAAGUAUCUACCAAAGAGUAUAACAUAAGGGUGUAGGUACACGAAAUCAAACACAAUAAACAGUAACGUGACGCGCGUGACGCACUCAAAGAGUAAAAUUUUAAAUCAAGCGUCAUGUGUAUCCUAGCAACAGUAUAAUGUUUACUUAUUGACAAAACCAUCAACAAAGUACAUUGUAUUUCUCUGUUCGUUAUCGCGAAGUAAAAGUUAUUUAAAAUGUCUGACAAGGAAGAAGACGCAAACGAAAAUGUUGAUGAAGCACAAGACAAUGUUGAUGAACCACAAGAAAAUGUUGAUGAAGCACAAGACAAUGUUGAUGAACCACAAGAAAAUUUUGUAAAAGCAGAAGAAAAUGUUAUUGAAACACAAGAAAAUGUUGUUGAAGUACCAGAAAAUGUUGUUGAAGUACCAGAAAAUGUUGUUGAAGUACCAAAAAAUGUUGUUGAAGAACAAGAAAACAUUGAAGACGACAGACAACAAUUCGAUGAAGACGUUACAGGCGAAAUACUGGAAGGAGGACAGGAACAAGAACAAGAGUAUCAAGAGACAGAUGAAGAAGGAGAAUACGAAGGCGAGUAUGAAGAUGCGGAAUCAAUAUUGACCAUGUAUGACCCGGACGACUAUAUUUCGGGGGCAGUCAGUAGCCCGCAGUCAACGAUUCCGACUGAUAUAUUCGAAUUCGAAUAUUCUUACGGUUACAACUGUCAUAAGUUUUUUAACCUCUGCGCGUGCGACGAUAUGGUCGUAUGCUUUUCAUCAGGCAGCAUGAUUACUUUCUUGGACGUGAACACUAAACAGACAUGGUUUCGACGAAGCACUACCGGAGGAACAGUUGGAAGUAUAACGUCUUACAGAAAAGACCCCAACUACCGUAUAGUGAUAGCAGAGGACAGAGAAGGCAACCAAGAGCCAUUAAUAAUUAUGUAUACCUGGCCUCAAAUGGAAAUGGAUGCGGUUCUUCGCGAUGGUACCGCGAAUGGAUAUGCUAUUCUUGAUUUCAGCCCUGAUGGAGAACUGCUGGCGUCUGUGGGUAAAGAGCCAGAUUUCAAUUUGACCAUUUGGAACUGGAAACGUCAUAAAAUUCUUCUACGCACUAGUGCAUUUACAUAUGGAGUUCAUACUGUCAUGUUUUCACCAUAUUGUGAAGGACAGCUCACUACUGCAGGCGCUGCUCACAUAAAAUUUUGGAAAAUGGCACAAACAUUUACUGGUCUUAAAUUGAAAGGAGAACUUGGCAGAUUCGGGAAAACUGAAAUCUGUGAUGUCCUUGGUGUUUAUCCAAUGCCCGACGAAAAGGUACUAUCGGGAUGUGAAUGGGGUAACAUUUUGGUUUGGGAGGCUGGUCUCGUAAAAUUAGAAGUGACGCAAAGAGGACGAAAAGUCUGUCAUAAUGCUCCAAUUAUCCAAUUCAUGUUGAGCGAAGCUGGUGAUGAAGUGACAACGAUAGCUCGUGAUGGCUGUGUCCGUGCAUGGUACUGGGACACGGUAGACCAAGCUGAUCCCCCAGAAGACGACCCUUUUGUUGAACUGAACCCUGUAGCCGAGACUUGUGUGCCGGGUUGUCAGAUAAUGUCCUUGAAACACAAAAAUGACUUGUUGUGGUACGCCCAGGACGGCAACGGAGGUAUAUGGAUUGUUGAAUUGGAAAUUGAUAAAAUUGAAUGCAAUCAUCGUAAAGUGAUAACGUGUCAUGCUGGAGGUGUUGUGGCUAUGGCAGCAGUGCGGACGCAUCCACUACUGAUCACGGCGGGUGAAGACGGAGCAUUGCAUGCUUAUGACACAGACAAUCACAUUCUGCUUGCACGAUAUCUUUUCCCGAAACCAAUAACUACUCUUCUUUAUCCUCCCUUGGAUGUUGAUGAAACCUCACGCCUUUUGAUCUUGGGUUUCGAAGAUGGCACAAUGCGAACUUUACUACUGCACCCCGAUAGACUCCAAGCUCGGACGAGUAUGAUUGACGUACGUGUGCACUCAGCAUUGACCAUCCAUAGCGAAGACUCCGUUCAUGCUGACGUAAUAGAUAUGAUAUCGUUACUAAAACCGCACUCAAAAGCAAUAACUCAAAUAACGAUAAAUGAACAGCGCACUCUACUAGUAACUUGUGGUGAAGAUAGCACCAUAUUCAUUUAUCUAUUGAAACAAGGAACUCCAUUCACUCUUGAGAGAAUAGGUUUCGUUGAAACGCCUAAUAACAUCGCUUUUAUGACCUGGAAACCUGACACUGACCGAGUACUCCUGCUUUGUGGUCAAGUAGGCCUUUUAAUGGAAGCUGUACUACCGGAACCAAAAGUUCGCACUUACACUGACAUUAAAACCUUUAAGUUAGAAUUUGAGUCGUACAAAGAAACCCUAGUGAAAAAACACUUUAUGCGCCACAAACCUUUCCCGGAAGAAGAAGAUCUCGCUAGCAUUGAUGAAGAAGCUCUAAAGGCUAAAGAAGAGGCUGAACUUCGAGAGGAUGAAGAGGAUGAAGGCGAAUGGAUCGGUGAAGUUGAAUUGAUGGAAAGUGAGAGUAUGUUGGGCACAACAGUUACUUGGGCCGAAUAUUGUGAAGAAGGAGUGUGGAUCGUCCAACAAGGGACAGGAGCUCUACUUCUCAUCCAGCCAGGCACCAACAAGAUAAUCAAGUACGCACCUUUCCCUGGAGCCUGGUGUGAGGAUAUGACGGCAUUAAGAUUUGUAUGUGAAGGACGUUACCUCGUUGUUGGAACAAAUACGGGAUACAUACGUAUGUUUCGCAUGCCCACUGAGGAAGAAGAUAAUCCUGAACAUCAUUUAAACUUGUGGAUGACCGCACAACAGAAGCUGUUGAGAAAACUAAAGGGCAGAAGGCUGGCUAAAGAACAGUUACAACCAAUUCCUCGCAUAGACUUCGUAGAUUAUUAUUACUUACCGAUGCACGACCGUUAUACUGGAGCUAUCACUGUCCUGGAAUUUAACUGCGAUUCGAGUCGCCUAUACACCGCUGGACGUGACGGAAAUAUAUUCUCUUAUGUCAUCAACUUUCCAGAACAAUUGUUACCCAUACCAGAACUUCCAACGCCUCGAGAAACCCCUAAAGUAGAAAAAAUAAAGGAACACAGCACGGUAGAAGGUGAGAUGAUGUCUCACGAACAACUGAAACAGAAAGAGGAAUUCGACAAAAUGAUGGCGAUCGCCAAUGCACAUAAAAAACGUGUUCGCGACCAACUCGCUGAUCUGACAACUGAAUACAACAAACUGAUUAAAGCGAAUAAAGCAUUACCCUACUCUCAACAAAUAGAUGUAACACUCGACAGACGACCCUUACAAGUACAAGAGAGAGAGCUUGAAGAUGCCAAAGCUCUUACUAUAAGAAAAUUAGCACAUCAGUUGGAAGCCUCCGAUUUGGGUUUAGCAAAGAUGCAUUCUAGGAAUAUCAUACAGUUGGACGUAUAUCCUUUCACCGUGAGAGCUAUCGGCAAUCCAAACAUAAUAAUAAGACCAUUGCGCCAAAAGAAUCUCUCUGCUGCUUUCUAUGCACAAUUGGAAGAAGUAUAUCAAAAACUUGCAGAAGCCGCACUGAAAGGAAGGCGAACGGAGUCAUCGAUUCGUCGUGUGGGUCCACGUAAGACAUCGUAUGGACCUCCUAGAGUUGCUUCAUUCUUACUAGGUUUACCUCCAAGGCCACCAUACCCUCUGAAGAAAGCCCUCAGAAACUACCACGUCCGUCUAAACAGACACCAUAUCCAGUAUAUAGAGUGGCAAGAGCAUUUGAACCGUAAACCGGACCCUAACGCUAUGCCUCCUGGAGCUGCUGAAGCGCUGAAAGAAGCUGAAGCAACCAUCGGCAACCGCAUACUCAAGACAGACCCCAACUAUGUCGCACCACCUGGUCAUAAUACGCAGAUGAGAGUCUGCCUCUGCAGGAAAGAGAUCUACGACCUAAAACAUGAAUUCAACGAAAAAGUGUUAGAGCUGCGGAGUCGUAAAGUACAAAUGUUACAACGAAUGAAGGAGAUCGGAGAACGACUAUCCGAAAUUCGAAUAGAGAUACCUCCUAAAUUUGCUAAGCCACCGCCGCCCCUGCCGCAAUUUGACGACGAACUGGAAUUUCCUGAGAGACAUCUUGAAGUAAAACCAGAACCAAUAUACCCAACGAGCAGACUGCCGCAUAAGAAAUCGCAACUAGUACAGGAGCGCAAGAGAACCUCCCUGAGUAAGAUUGAUCCUACCGCGAGAGUACGUCAGCCAAGAGUUAACAGAUUUGUACCCGUCAAUAAAUCAAGACCCCUUUUUGCUUCAUGGGAACUUUUGAGACAGAGACAAGAUCACGAAUCGACUCCUGUUGAAAAUGAAAUUCGUGAGAGACGUAUCGAAAGACAUCUAUACGAACAAGACAUGUUACUCAUGGACGCAGAUGACCAAGUGAGGCUGUUUGACUCCCGAUUGAAAGAGCUACAACGGGAGCGUAUAAGAGUCCAGGAAAAGAGCCUAUUAUUGGAGCUGCAUUUACAUCAGUUGCACAGAGAAAUGAACGUUUUGAAUAGGUUCGAAAUGCAUGAAGAUCGAUUGGCUGAACGAGUUUAUGUCAAAUUGAUGCAGGUGCGAGCCGUACAGGAGCAAAUAAUAGACUGUGAACACCGCAUUGAAGAACAUAUAACUGAGAAGGAUAACCUGGGCGCAAUGUGUGAGGACCUGCAGAGAAAAUUCAAACGUCUUGUACAAGACAAUAAGUUUGCUGACUUCCUUCGAAGGAUAUUCAAAAAGAAAUACCGUCCGCCACGUAUUCGUGAUGAUGAUGAAUCUUCCGAGUCUGAGUCAUCGUCGUCGUCAAGCGAAGAAGAAGAUGAAGGCAGUUUGGACAGUCGAGACAUCGGGCCAAUACGCCUCGACCCCAACAUAUGUCCUGAGGGAUGCGACAGAGAAACCUAUGACAAAACUUUUGAAAUGAGAAAUACCAGACACAAGCAUGAACAGAACAUGAUGGAGCAAGAUCGUCUGGUGGAACUUUUGAAGCGUGACAUUGAGGCUCAUAACAAGAUCAAGCGCAAACUCUCCGUGCAAUUGGAUCAGAGGAAGAACGAUCUUAGGGAAUUUAUGUUGGAGAAACAAACCUGCAUGAACGAAGUGGACACUGUAGUGGUCCUACGGUAUGAUCAGAUCAGAGCAGCUGCUAUCGUCGGCUGCACUGGUCCUCAGGGUCUGUCGCAAACUGUGGUAUUUCCCGAAGCAUUACUAACUCGACUUAGAAAACGAGUGCUUGAACUUCUGGAGGAGAUUAAAGAACAGAAAUUACGACAAAGGAUAAACCGCACGCACUUGUUCCGUAUGAACAUAGACCUGCGCGCGAUGGAGGCAGAAGCGACGGAUCUACGCGCGCAAAUGCGUGAUGUGUUGACGCGCAAGCUGGGCCGGCCGCGCAAGGUGGACCGCACGCUCGACGACCUGCUGCGACAAAUGGCGCGCCGCCACAAGUACGCGGUCACAUACGCCACACUACCGCACGUAGUAGCGCAGCUCCGCACAUGGAGCGAGCGACACAGUACUCUCGAAAAGAAAUAUCUGAAAACUCUAAACCACUACUCUGAACGCUUGCGAUUGGCAGCAGCGUUGCAAGCAGAAGUUUUACCUCAAAAGCCUACGAAGAUUCCUGUUGAUAUGGCUGGUGGUUACAACCCGGAAAUAUACCAGCGUGACGUAAUGCGUCUACUGAUAGUGCGACAAAGACAAAAACAACAAAUUAAGCAACUACAAGAAGAGAUCGCAAGUCUCCGCGAGAAGCCGCUGUCCUACAGGGCUGCACCAGCGACCUUCACACCUUCUGAGCCAGAGCAAUCGGACAUUUACCUGUUCAUGGUUCCUCGGUCCCACCAGCAACACCGGAAAAAAUAUUUUCCAUUAACGCCUUUAGGCUCCAGAACGAAAUUAGGACGUGAGGUGAAUAUAACAACUCUGUUAUACGACUGCCUUGACGCUAUGCAUGUCUCACGGGACGAUGCGGAGCUUCUGUUGGUUGACGUCAUGAAAUUACUACCUGACGUUGUAACCGGAAAAUGUUCUCGAUAUGAAUUGGUUGAUACGACCGUACGUAAGUGGCUGUUGAAAUCUGGUGGCGACCCCAGUCAGUACAAGAAACAAACUCGAGCAUUUGAUGCUUUGGCUGCCUUGACAGAUCGUUUAGUCAGAGAACAAAUAGAAGCAAUGGAAGCCCCAGACGAUGCGGAAGGUGUUAUAGAAGAUUUAGAAGACGCCCUAAGGGAUUUGGCGGAAGAAUCCGAUACACUAGCUGAUCGGCUCGGACCAGCCAUCGCAGCAUUAUUACAUUCCGCACACUUCACGACUAUGGAAGAUCCUGAAACGUUGGCAUCCCUUGUGAAGUCUGUCACGGAUGAAAAUCAUCCAAUCACAAAGGACAGCGUUGACCGAAUUUGUUCCUUUGACCUCCUUGAAGAUAUUAAAGAAUGUGGUAUUGACCUGCCGACUGAAGAUUUGCGACAAGUCGUCGACUGUGCACUGGAUGCUUUAAGAGCACAAAUAAUCGAGCCAGCAGAAGCUUCAGAAGUUCAAAAGGAAGUUCAGAAGGUAUUGCGAGACAAGGACAUUGAAGCGAUGAUCAAGAAAAGCAUCGUUAGCGUUGCAUCAGACCGCAAAACACUUGAGAGUGAAACGUCUUAUGUUCAUAAACGUAAAUUAGACUCUCAAGAUCGGCCAUCUGCAGAUCGCAAAUCAAUUUUGGCUGCCUCAACUAUGUCGGAUCACAAAAGUUUACAAACCCGUGUGUCUAUCGCCACUCAAAACGUUCAUGGUAGAAGUAUUACACUAUCCUCGCAUGAGAAGCACGAACCCAAGUACAGUACCAUGUCAUUGGAAGAACGCAAAAAUUUAAUAGAACGAAUCUCCACAAGUAUUCUGGGACGAGACAAAUCAAGCCGAUCUAGUGGGAUCAAGGACAAACCCAGUGUCCAAAUUAACCUUCCACCAAAAGAAAGCCCACAAACAGAAGGCGAACAAACACAAGAUAAACAAGCAGAAGGCGAACAAAAUGAUGACAAACAAAAACAAGAGGAACGCCCAGAAGGUGAUCAAGCAAAAGGUGAAAAGACAGGAGACGAACAAGCAGUAGCCGAAUUUACAGAAGCCGAAUUAGCACAAGAUAAACAAGCAGAAAGCAGACAAACAGACCCCGAACAAGCAAAAGUCGGAGAAACAGAAGCCGAACAAGCAGAAGGUGGACAAACAGAAGCCGAACAAGCAGAAGGUGGACAAACAGAAGCCGAACAAGCAGAAGCCCAACAAGUAGUAACCGCACAAGCAGAAGCUGAACAAGCAGAAGCCGAACAAGCAGAAGCCGAACAAGUAGAAGCCCAAAAAGCAGAAAGCAAACAAAAAGAUCGCGAACAAACGGAAGUCGAAGAAGAUGAAAUUUAAUGUUAUAGAUGUUACUGUAAAAGCUCGAAGUAUGGUAAAUGUUAAGUUUUCCAAUAGAGAUUUUACUGAAACCAACUUUUAUCAGUCAAGGACACCGUGAUACAUCCUGGCAUGUAUGUAAAUGGAUUGGUAAACACCCAAAAUAAAGAAAGAAUUGUUUCAAGAUAAAUACUUCCAUUUACGAUUUACCAACUUAUGUCGCCAUUUAGAUUUACCGUCAACACUGGUAUAAUUAAGUAUUUUCUGUUAUGCCUGGAUAUUUUAAUUCCAUGGCUACUACUAUCCAGCACACGUGGGUGGGUGCUCGAAACUUCUAAUUAAACACUUCUGUUUUAAAAUCGUACUUUUUCGCUGCGUUCUUUGGCAAGGUUAAAAAUAUUUUGUUUCAUUUAUUUAGUAGAGCUUUUGUUUACUUCUUACUUAGUACAUACUUUAUUCUUUGUAAGUUACCUAAUAUCUUUUAUUAUAGGUACAUGUUACCUAGAUAAUAAAAAAGUAUUUUAAAUAGGUAGCUCUAGAGCUAGUAUAUCAAACAGAAAAUACGUUAUGCUAAUUGAGUAUAAGGUUUUGUUGUGCAUGAUGCUAAUAACUUAUUUAGUUUAUAAUGAUUGAACGACGGAUGGUGUUAAGUUGGACAUGGCUUGGACUAAGAGGAGAAUUAUAGAAAUAUAUUACUCACCUAGAUGCUCAGAUUAAUUAUUAGUUAUAUGGAUCAAUCAUUAUUCCUAAUAUUUCUGUCUUUUGACAUUUAACCGACUUCUUAUUGAUGUAGAGUAUUGUAUCCACACGUUAGUUAUAAUGAUGCUUUUUACCCAUGACUAAUAAAGAUAAUUAUAAAUGAUUUACCAUGUGUAUAAUUAAGUUACUAGCUGUUCG